AUGGCGAUGCAUGUGAAGUUCCCUUUCGGGAAAUUAGUGAGUGUUCUAGUGACGCACGUGGAGGCUUCGACGGGGGAUUUCUUCGUUCAAAUCAACGAUGAGGCGGGAAAGUUGGAUGCACUUAUGGUUGAAAUCGAACAAAAUGUUUUAUCGGGAAGAGCGAAACCACCCACAGCUUCCGAAAUCAUGUUAGGGCGUAUUUAUGUUGUACAGUAUCUAGAAGACAGUCGAUGGUACCGCGCUCGAGUGUUAGGUGUGAACGUGGCCGAACAGCAAUGCGAAGUCUUUUUCAUAGAUUACGGAAAUACUGAAUUUGUGUCUCUUAGUUGUAUCAGAAAUGCUGAAGAGAAGUUUUGCGAACUGCCACCACAAUGUUUUGAAUGUGAAUUGGAAGGUUUUGAUCGAUUUCGCGGCGAUCGUUUCGAUGAGAUGUUGACGCUGUUAAAUGACACCAUACUAGAACAAGAACUAUACUGCAAGGCUAUUCAUCUGAAGAAAAACUGCGUUCUAGUCGCUCAACUGUUUGUUGACGAUAAAGGCACCCAGUCUGUCUUAGAUUUGAUGCAAAAUGGUGGAGCUGGUACUACCGAGGAUGCCCUGAGCAAUGGAGAUGUCACAAUGGCUAGACAGCCAAGUUUCAAAAGAGAAGUGAAAUACAAGGUUGUCACUCUUCCACAAGAUUCCUUUCAUGACCUCAGUGUCACAUGGGUUGAGGAUCCGUCUCAUUUUUGGUGCCAGUUAUUGUCCAAUGCUGAAGCACUGGAGCAGUUAAUGGAGAGGAUUGCUGAUGUCUAUGCAAACCUUGAUCCGUCUAUGUUACCUCUUCAGUCAUGCACUGUAGGUUAUCCUUGCUGUGCAAAAUUCUACGAGGAUGAUGCUUGGUAUAGAGGAAUAAUUACUAACGUGAGUUCAAUUGUGACUGGGCAGAUAGAAGUCAGAUUUGUUGAUUACGGCAAUACCCAAAACACAGAGUUGUCAGAUGUUAGAGACUUGAAGGAUGAAUUUCUUAAGGAACCAUGCCAAGCUUUGUACUUUGCCAUUGCAGGAGUUGACCCUGCAAGUAAAGAUGGACUGUGGGCUGAUGAGGCCAAGGCACUAUUUGAGAAGCUAAUCAAUUAUAAACAUGUUGUGGGGCUCGUAACCAGCAUGGAGAGUGAUGGACGACAUAGAGUUAAACUCAUGGAUACAACUUCUGAUCUUGAUAUGGAGCUCAACCAGAUUCUUAUAGCUGCUAAUUAUGGUGUCAAGUCUGCUGACUCCACUACAUCUAGGACUAUCACUGCUCCCACUGCUCCCACAACUGCUUUCAAACCAUCCGAUCCAGCUUCAAAACCAGCUCCUCGGACUGUGUUUUCCAAAGAGAAGAUCCAGAUUGGUGUAGAAGAGAAGGUUUUAGUCACAAACAUCGUCACCCCUGGAAAGUUCUACUGCCAGCUGUUUAGGAAUGGACCCAGACUUGAGAACUUGAUGAUGGAGGUUGCCCGCCAUUAUACCAAACUUGGUGCAAAUGAGGAGCUGCUGUCAUCACCAUCCCCUGGCGAUCCAUGUUGUGCUCAAUUUUCUGAGGAUAACUGUUGGUAUCGUGCUGUCGUGAUAAGUACUGCUCCAAAAGGAAUCACUGUGCUGUAUAUUGAUUAUGGGAACUCUGAGACUGUACCUGCUAGCAGGAUCAAGAAGCUGAUUCCCAAAUUUUCUGAAUUGCCACAGCAGGGCAUAGAGUGUAGUUUGAACCGGAUCAAGCCCAAGUUUACAGGAGGAGCAGGAGAGAGUAAGUGGAAGUCUGGUGAUAGCCAAAAGUUCAUGGACUUGGCUUUAGAAAUGGAGGGCAAGAUGACAGUCAUCGCACAGGAUGGGAGUGGAAUAUGCAGAGUGGAACUUGUCGUGAGAAACAGAAGAGAGGAACAAAACAUCAGUGAACAGCUUCUGAUUGGAGGAAAUGCUGAGCUAGCAGAUGGAGCUCUUCCUGCUUCUGCAAACUUUAGCAACCUCAUGUCGCAAACCUUUCCGGAGCCUGAUCUGGAGGUUGGCCAGUUUGAAGAUGUGAUUGUUAGUUACAUAGACCAUCCUUGUGACUUUUGGUGUCAGCUACGAAAAACUGCUGAACAACUGGAUUCACUGAUGCACGAGAUUUCAGAGCUGUAUUCUUCUGGGGGACAAAGAAAUUCGAUCUCCAAUCCAGCAUGCGGUAAGUAAUGUAGUGUUAAAUUCUCUAAUCCCCCCAGGGUUCGUUCAGGUCAUGGAAAACCUUGAAAGUCAUUGAAUUUAAUUUUCAAUUCCUGUAGGACACGACAUGAUUCUAUUAGUGUGCGAUGGCCAAAAAACUUUAAUUACCGUCACUUAAGAAUCAAGAAUCAAGAAUCAGUGGUAAAUUUUUACCUCUGCGACCUGUAGACUGUUGCGUAUAAUUCGUUUUGUGAAAGAUCGGUAUUUACUUAUUUGUGUAAAACAUGCUUUUAAUAAAGUCACUUUUUUACCACUGCGCCACCUUGAAAACUACCUUUUUAUUAAAAACUUUUGAGAUAAUAGCUUUGCUUGUAACGCCUGCAGGUUUUUUUAACCGUUUCAAGCUCAAAUGAAUUGUAGACCCAUCGGCAACGCUUCCAAACGCACUGUCAUAUAACUUUUGGUUUCUUUUGGACAAACAGAUGUGCCAGUAAACUCUAAUGGAAGAAAACGUACAUUGGAUAUUUAGAAACCUAUCAGUACAUGGUGCUGCUUUUAACCCUUUAAGUCCCAAUAUCAACAUACAAAUUCUCCAAACUGAUCUCCAUACAUUUCCUUUAAGAAUUAGUUGAGAGAAUUUAAUGUAAGAUCAAGGCCUUUUCUCUUGGGUGAUCAUUUUAUUAAUUCUCAUGACUUAUCUCUUGACAGUGUAUGUAUAUUGUUAGGAGAAAAUUGAUCUUGGUCACUAUUGGGAUUUAAAGGGUUAAAGUUUAAGCCAGUAAGUUUGUGGACAUACCAAAAAGUGUAUCUUAAAGUGUGAAAAAGAGUAUGCAAAUACAGUGCUUGAGAAGUAGGUUUCAAAUAAUCACACAUGUUUUGACACUAAGCAAAUUUUUGAUGUGCUGUCACGCAAAAAAUUUUAUUCAGCAAAUGCAUUGUUGUCCUAUUUGUCCACUGUAAUUUGUUAAAUUCAAGACAACUUUCUUUCAUAAAUCAGUUAGUGACUGUAUAAAAGAGCUGUAAAGAACAAAUUAAGCUAACAUUAUUCUGUGACCAUACACUGAGUUCAUGAAUCUUAAAACCGAUGUUGUUGAUAUUUCGUUGGUGAAAGCUGGCGCUAUCGGUGAACGAUAACUACACACAUCAAAAGAUUCAGUUCUUCUCAGAUUGGUUUGUUCAUUCAAAAAAUCAAGAAACUAGAAGCAGGUUUCAUGUUUUUGCGAACGAAACCUCAGGAUCAAAAAUUUUAAUGUCAAUUGCUAUCAAAUCUGAAAACUCAGAAACUUCAAUUAAACAGUGUGCUAAUGACAAGCCCGUUUUCCUCAGUCUUCGAGGUAAAGCUAUGUGAAAUUUUUGGUUGGUUUCUCUCUAGAUGUGUGGUCAGUAAUUUAUGCCCUCAAGGAUUCUCGAAAUGAAUGAUUUUCCAGUAACUGGAGACUUAGUUAUGCGCACAGGAUUAUGGGAUCGCCAGGGGGCAAACAUUGCAAGUCGCUACAAAGAAAUGUAUGGCGUGGAGCUGUUUCUCCGUUUAAAAGCAGUGUCUUUGGACAGAGAAUGCCGCAUUUUGCCGUGAUUUUAUGAGAAGCGGAGGUGACUAAUGUUGGUGCGUUGAUUGUAAGUUUUUGUGGGAUCAAUGCGAUGAAAUCUAUCUAUGUUACUUUGUUUAUACCAAAGUAAAGGAGGAUUUUUUAUUUUUAUGGCCACGUCCUACGAUUGUUCAGCGUCAUAACCCGCAAAGAGCUGAUCGCAGCCAAGCGUAGUUGCACUCGUUGUAAAUAUCACCACACUAAAAACUAAAAAGCUUAAAUGAGCCAAUCCCCCUACAUGUAUACCUAAAUUUGCACUACAUAUUUUGAGACCUUUUCUUCAUGUAGAUCACUGUGUAAAUUCAGUAAACAUAAAUUUCACACUCAACCUCACGCAAGGAGUGUUUAUCGAUAGAAUUUAUCGCAUUAAUCACACAGAAACUUGAAAUUUCAACACACCAACGUUAGUCACCUCCGUUUCUCAUAAAAUCACGGCAAAGUGUGGCAUUCUAUGCCCAAAGACACUGCUUUUAAUGGAGAAACAACUCCAUGCCAUACAAUUCUUUGUAGCGACUCGCAAUGUUUGCCCCCUAGCGAUCCCAAAAUCCUGUGCGCAAAACAUGAGUAUCCGAUUGCUGGAAAAUCAUUCAUUGUGUAGCGCAUGACGAGAAUUGCGUAGCGGGCAAUGUGAUAACGUGGUAUCACAUUACCAGUAACGUACUUUUGAUUGUUACUGUAACCCCACAUUAGUAACGUCUGCGAAGCAGAAGGGAUUUCCUUACUCUGCAUUUCAAAUUUCCCUUCGACCUGAUUGGUGAUUGUUCGCUUUAAGUGCAAAUGGUUAUUGUUAUUUUUCUUGAGAAAUGAAUCAUUUCUCGAAAUCCUUUUGAGCAAUGAAUAUCAAAAAUGCCGGUUUCAUGAAACUCAAGGCUCGAUUUUUGCAACUUCAGACUUGAUUUAUUCGAGUUUUUAGUAGUCUUCCUCGCACCAGUUAAUUGUCUCAUCACGUAAUGGUGCUCAGCGUUGUGUGAUGAGACAAAAAUGGUUGAGAGGGGAACUAAGUUUUGAGAAAUGUAAAUCAAGUUUGGGGAUCUGGUUGCUGUCAGCUUAAGAUACAGACAGUAUCAAUAAGGUUAUCCUAGUUAACUAAUUAAAACUGGGUUUAGGUACCCUGGCUGCAGGGUUCCGUUCUUGAAAUACAAUAAAGUAAAAAAAAAAAAUUAACCUCAAGCACCCUGGGUAAGGUUGAGGAAAAGAAAUUAAAAAAACAAAAACAACAAAAAACAGAGAUUGACCCCCAACAUUGACAUUUAUACUAUGCUAUUUGUGCCCCUAUGAGUUGGAAAAAUAAUAAAUUUAGCUUAUCAAUCAUCCAAUUAGUGCACCACUUGUCACCUGCAAGAAGUUUUCAUGUUAAUAAAGUUAUUGAUUUUUUUUAAUGUGCUCCUAGAAAUGGGGCUCGAGCUCUUAAAUUUUUAUUUUAGGAGCCCAAAGGGCUCCUAGAAAAUUUUCUUAGGCAGCAGCCUUGCUUCCAUUGUGGGAGUGUGAAUUUUUUCUGGAAUAAACCAAUGGUAAAAAAAUACCAAGAUAAAAAUUUAAACAAACUCAAAAGAAAAUGAUAGGAUAAUAAACUUGUUCCUUUUUACUGUUAUUUUUGCUUGAUUAAUUAACUAAAGACUGCUAUCAGAAUUUCUCAAUAUUAAUUUUUGAUCCUGACCAGUGAUUCUCAAUAUUUACAGUCACUGACUCUCAAUACCUGGAGUUUUUGAUACAAUAAACAAGUCAGACCACAACCUGUCAUCUGUGACAUUAAUGGUUAAUAAAAAGUAAUGAUUUAUUCUUGUAUUCUAAGCAGAAGACAUCAUCUUGCAUUGAUUGGCUGGUUUUAAAACUUUGUUGUCUUUAGGUAUGUUGUGUUGUGCACAGUUCACAGAAGAUGACAAGUGGUACAGAGGGAAAAUUACAGGUGUUCAAAAAGGAGGCCAAGUAGAAGUCCACUUUGUUGAUUAUGGAAACUAUGAGUUGCUUCCAAUGUCACGUGUCAAAAGGCUACAGGCUGAGUAUUUACUCCUUCCACCCCAAGCAGUUAAGUGUGCUCUUUUGAAGAUUGAUCCCUUGAACAAAGAUUUGCUGUCAGAUGAUGUCAUGCAUAGAUUUGAGGAACUUACACUGGACAAAGAACUUGUAAUGAUGGCCGAUAAACAUGAUAAAAGCAGUGGUACCUAUGAGGUUGUUUUACUAGACACCACCGAGGGAAAGAAUUUAGAUGUUGCAAAAGAACUUCAAGCUCUCAUGGGCCCCUCCACAAACCAAGGAGCAGCCAGUAUUGUUGGUGUGGCAAUCCAGCCUGGUAUCACUGAACAAGUGUUUGUGUCCUCUGCUACCAGCCCUUCAAAGUUUUCUUGUCAGUUAAUGAAAACAUCUUCUUCUUUGGAUGAUUUAAUGAAUGAGAUGUUUGACUAUUAUGAACAGUUGGGUCCGCAACAGGAGCAAAUGCCUAAACCAUCAGUCGGUGAGUUCUGUGCUGCCAAGUUUACACUGGAUGAUGGUUGGUAUCGUGGUAAAGUGCUUAGUGUCCAAGGGGACAGCAUAUCAGUUCUGUACAUAGAUUAUGGAAACUCUGAAACUCUUUCACUAUCAAGACUGAAGGCCUUAAACUCAAAGUUUCACAGCCUUCCUAGCCAAGCUAUUGAUUGUGCAUUAUCUGGGAAUUUUGGGGACAUCAGUGACACUCAGUUCCAAGAGAUUGUUUCUGAGAAAGAGUUCACAGCCAAAGUUUUAUCUGUGGAAAGUGGGGUUGCCGCUGUAGAUCUGGUAUCAAAGGAAACAAGCCAGUCGGUUGCCAACAUGCUUGGCAGGGAAUCAAAGUCCUCAGCGUCUUCAGCUUGUACGAUUGCUUAUUCAGAUUGGAAGAUUGGAGACACCCUUGACAUUUAUGUCCCAUUCGUUGAAAGUGCACAGAAAUUCUUUUGCCAAGCUUCAAGUCAUUCAAGCAAGCUUGACGAUCUCAUGAACAAACUUGAGGAAUAUUAUAAAAGUAAUUCAGAAAACCUCACGACAAUCUCGAAUGGUUCUUGCUGCGUUGCAUUGUAUAGUGAUGGUGGAUGGUACAGAGCAAAAGUGGAGCAUGUUCAAGGUGGAGAGAUCAAGGUUAACUAUAUUGAUUAUGGAGACAGUGCCAUUGUUCCAAUUAGCAGCAUCAGAACUUUGAUGCCUGAGUUUUCUAAUUUGCCAGCACAAGCAGUGCAAUGUUGCUUAAAAGGUUUCUUAUUGAGAACAGGUCCUGAAAACUUCAAAGACCUUGUCCUUGAGCAAGAAUUUAAGGCACAAGUUGUAAGUGCAAAGAGUAGUGGUAUCUACGAAGUUGAUUUAAUACCACAAGAUGGUUCUGCAUCAAUCAGUCAAGUGUUGUCCAAGGAUUUUGAAACAGACUCUAUAUCAUCCUUGAGCGUUCCCAGUAUUCAGUGGAAGCUUGGUGACAAUGUAAAUGUUUUUGUGUCGUUUGUAGAAAGCACACAAAAGUUUUUCUGCCAGGUCUCUGAAUAUGCAAGUGGUCUUGAUGAUCUUAUGACUAAACUUGAGAAGCAUUAUGGUGCUAGUCAAGAAAAUGUUGCUUCAGUCACUGCUGGAAUGUUUUGUGUUGCCCAGUAUGAAGAUGGUGGAUGGUACCGGGCUCAAGUUUUGCAUGUUCAGGACAAAAGUGUCAACGUGUUUUACAUUGAUUAUGGUGACACUGCUACCCUUCCUUUGAGCAGUUUAAGAUCACUAAUACCUGAAUUCUCAUCCUUGCCUGCCCAAGCUGUAAAGUGCUGCUUGAAGGGACAUUCUACUAACCAAGGACCUGAAAACUUUAAGGAUCUUGUCACUGACCAAGAAUUUCAAGCACAAGUUGUUAGUGUAAAAGGGAAAGAUACUUAUGAAGUGGAUUUGGUUUCAAGUAACGAUUCCACUUUCUUAAGCAACAAGUUGUUGGAAGGAGCAGAAACUGCAGAAGUGUCAUCUUGCAGAAUUCCAAGCAUUCAGUGGAAGCAAGGCGAUCAAGUGGAAGUCUUUGUUCCAUUUGUGGAAAGUGCACAGAAGUUCUUUUGCCAAUCAUCUCAGUCGUCAAGUGACCUAGAUGAUCUUAUGAUCAGGCUUGAAGAGUAUUACACAACAAAUAAGGAAGCAGUAACAUCAAUCAGCACCGGUGCUUUCUGUGUUGCUCAAUAUGAAGAUGGUGGUUGGUACCGUGCACAGGUUACCGAUGUCCAAGGGCAGAGCAUCAGCGUCUUCUACAUUGAUUAUGGUGACAGUGCAACACUUCCUUUGAGUAGUAUUAGAUCAAUAAGGCCAGAAUUCUCAUCCUUACCUGCCCAAGCUGUAACGUGUUGUUUGAAGGGACAUUUUCCCACUGAAGGGCCACAAAACUUUAAAGAUCUUGUCAUUGAAAAAGAAUUUCAAGCGCACGUUGUUGGUGUGAAAGGGCAAGAUACUUAUGAAGUGGAUUUGGUUCCAAAAGAGGGUUCCACUUCCAUAAGUAACAAUAAUUUGUCUGGAGAAACAGAAACAGCUGAGAUGUCAUCUUGCAGUGUUCCUAGCAUUCAGUGGAAGCAAGGCGAUCAAGUGGAAGUGUUUGUUCCAUUUGUGGAAAGUGCACAGAAGUUCUUUUGCCAGUCAUCUCAAUCGUCAAGUGACCUAGAAAACCUUAUGACCAAGCUUGAAGAGUAUUACACAACAAAUCAGGAAGCUGCAACAUCAAUCAGCACCGGUGCUUUCUGUGUUGCUCAAUAUGAAGAUGGUGGCUGGUAUCGUGCUCAGGUCACCCAAGUCCAAGGGCAAAGCAUCAGUGUUUUCUACAUUGAUUAUGGCGACAGUGCAACACUUCCUUUGAGUGGUAUUAGAUCAAUAACGCCAGCAUUCUGUUCUUUGCCUGCACAAGCUGUUCACUGCUGCCUGAAUGGUACACCAGGAAAUUUAAAAGAUGUUAUUCUCGAACAAGAGUUUGUCCUUCAUGUGAUCAGCAACAAACAACCUGGAAUUUAUGAAGUGGAGUUGACAUCCAAGGAUGGUUCUGUCUUGUUUGGUGAUGCACCACCCGGUGAAAUUAAGACCGGUAUGUACAGGUAGUAGCUGAAUUUAAGGGUGCAUCCCAUAGGAAAUCUGGAUUUAGAUUUUGAAAUUUGAAUUUCAGAUUUGAAAUGGUUUUGAUGUUUUAUGGCAAAUCCAAAAUCCUGAUUUCAAUAUCUAAGGCCAGAUUUUCCAAUCAAAAGCACCCUCCUGAGUAUAGAGAGAAGUUGUUAUAUCUCAUUGCCAUGUUAGCAAAAUUUCUGGAUCUCAACAAAUAAUUUUCCGGCAAAUAUGGAAAAAAAAAAUUGACAGGUACGACCUUUGGUCCUCUGCUUGCUUGUUUUUUUUUUAGUCAGGAACAAAACAGUAGCCCAUAGUUUUCUUACAUGGCUCAGCGUGCAAAGAAAGUAGUGUCCGAUAGCCCGGGACUAGUGGAUUUUGCUGUUGGGCUAGUGAAUUCUGUUAUUAACUCUUCCGACAGGCAAGUGGAGUUUUUUGAGAAAUUCAAAUUACAGAAGAACUGCUAAAUCAAGAUCUGCUCAUCAAAACAUUUUUGGGGCUAGUUGAAAUUAUGUUUGGGCUAGUAAAUGUUAGCUUCAGCAAAUGACUUUCUUUGCACUCUGAUGGCUUGAUAAGGCGAAUAGCCAUCUCUGUCAAGAAAGAUUGCUGAGAUCCAGAAAUUUUGCUACCAGGUUAACAUGACAUGACACUUCUCCUCUCUAUUAGAUAUUAAUUUUUUGUGAGUAACUGGAUGCCUCUUGUCUUACCGCCAUCUAUGUAUUAACUGUAGGUGGUUAUUUAAGGGAGGCAGAAGAAAUGGAUGCCUUUUAGCCCACCAGGGUUGUCCUUGAUAUGUGAACAAACCUGGGAAAUGGAAUCCAACAUCUCAUUCCAAUGUCUCAUUUUAUUGACGUCAAGCUAGUAUACAAUACAUGUAUUAUUAUAGCUAGAAAUAACGUAAGGGUAGAUAGUAUGGUUAUUGCAGAUACUGAUAGAAGGGUUCUGAGGAUACAUUUUAGAAUUGCAAGGGUUUUGGAAAAGAAAGCAAAGUAGUAUUGGAGUAGACCUCUGUUAAAUUCAUACAUGUACAACAAAGUUGACCUAGGAUUAUAAUGUGAGCAACUAAAUCAAUCAGAUAAGUUUUUCUUGGUUUUCAAAGCAAAUGCCUUCAAGUCAAUUAAAAUUAUGAAUGAAACUAUAUAUGGCAUUACUAUUUGAAUAACCAUACACUGUUUCAUGUUGCAUUUUUAAACAUUUCUCAGCUGUUACCUGACAUGUUCAAGGUUACAGUAGGUACUUGCUUAUAUUCGCCAUACAGAGAUAACUUCAUGUGAUUGGAACUGCAUAACAUACAGUGCGCAACACAACAUUUUUCACAUUCUUAUCAAUCUUAGGGGAAGUCUUAGAAGGGUUCACAGCCCCUGCGUACUAGAUUUUGACCAACCUGAUUUUGAUCAUGGCUCCUUGCUCGCCAACAAUAAAAUUAGAGUGGUUUUCUCUCCUAAUAUCUUUGUGUCAAAUCUUAAUUGACUCAAACAUCAGUUGCAUUGAUCGGCAGUGCUUAAAAAAUGCAAAAAAACAUGUAAAGUUGACUCGAAAAUUCCAUGGAAAAUCUUUAUCCAACCACUAACCACUACCCACCUGCACUUCCUUUUAACCAAUCUUACUGUCCUCCAAGUUUGCCCAGGACAUUUUCCCAACUAAAUGAAGACCAAAUUCCCAGGAGAGAAAGCGAAUUGUAAGGAGAAGGUAUCUCCAAAUCCUGGAUCAAAAAUCCUCCAGUGUCAUGGUUGCAACAAGUCGAUGCUUCUCAAAAACUAGCCUUCUGCACAUGUUCAAACUUUAGAAGUUGAUAUUUAGCAUCAUGAGCAGAAUGCAACAUAUUGCUUGAGUUGCAAACUGUGCUUUUGAUUCUUUUCAGCAAGAUAGUGACCACAAAUGACUUGACUAAGUUCAAAAGAUCUUUUUUGGCAAAUGUUCAAGGGGCAAAUGGGUUAACUAACUGACUACUUCUUCUCUUUUCAAGAUACAUCCUUACUAGAUGAGAUUACAGAAGGUUCAUCCAUCCAGUUCUGCCCUACUGCAUGUGUUAGCCCACACCUAUUUCACUGCCAGAUUGCAACAGCUGAUCACAAAGAGAGGUUGGAACAGCUGAUGAACCAGUUACAGGACUGUUAUGAAGUACUUGGAGUGCAGGAACAGGGAAUCAGCAACCCCACUGUUGGAUUGAAUUGUGCUGCAGUUUUCGCAGGUCAGAUGUGAAAAACAUGGUUUUGCAUCAUUUUUGUUUACAGGUUCUGUGUAGCACUGUGUACUUCUUAAUACACUCUUGAUAAAUUUGGCACCAAUUAGACCAAUAAUAUUGUGGAUGCAAACUCAGGUAGAAAGGGCUUGAUACCAAAUGUCACAAUGGAUUUUUAAAACUUUGCAUUUCCAUUAAUUACAGCAAUAGUAAGGUAGUUUUUUGUCCUGUUUGCACAUGUCUGUUUCAGGUCUACUUAAUUAGAGUGCAAUCCAGUGAUGAAAGAAAGGACUCCCUCUUCUGAGUUAUUGUGAGGAUAUGUCCAGAACCGGAAUCGAUAUAGAGAUUCUGAGGAGGCACUCUAGAGUAAGAUAAUUGGCUGUUUCACCAGGGGUACAUUGCAGCCCUUUUUCUCCCAUUAUAAACAUUAUUAUUGGCAACAGGAGUUUUCAUUUAGCCAAGUAGACACCACUGUUAAGUAGACACCAACAAGUUAAUAUGGGUGUUACUGCAGGUGGGCUUGAUGACCAUGGCAUUCUCUUUCAAUUUCCAGCUGAUGGUUUGUGGUAUAGAGGAACCAUCGUUGAAGUGGUGGACCAGCAGAAGGUGAAGGUGUCUUUUUCAGACUUUGGUAACAUUGACACAGUGCCACUGAGCAAAUUGAAGACCAUCAGCGCAGACUUGUUACAGCUGCCUCCUCAGGUGAUCCAGUGUGGCAUUUUCUCCAUCAGUCCUGUUGGUGGUGCUGAGUGGUCUGAUGAUUCCAUUGAAAGGUUCUGCAACCUCACCAUGCACAAAAGGUUACUUGGCAAAGUUAUCAAAAAAGGUAGUGUUCCCUAUUUGUCAUAUGUUAACCCCUCUGGUCAAAUUAAUCUGUGUUCCUUCCCAGUUACAUCCUAUUGAUUCCAGCCUUGAGAUUUAAAUGUAAGUUUUCUAUUAAAUUGUUAAGCUGUCAAGACCCAUUUGUAGAAAUUACCUGCCAGUUCUCUUUUUGAGUCAUCGAGACUUCUUUUAGAAACAAAAGAUGGAAAUUAGUGGUGAUAACAUUUUUUUGUUUGGCCUCAUCAUAGCUAGUUUUGUUUCUGUUUUCAUGCCAAAACAAAGAUGUUUCGACACAAAAAACAUACAUUCGUGGGUUCACAGUUAUUGAUGUUUUCCCUUUUAUAUUUCUAAAACAGAAAGUGGCAACCUGGAAAUUGAGCUUUUUGAUACCUCUGAUUCUUCUGAAGACAUCAACAUUGGUGAGCUGUUAGUGAAGGAAGGGUUAGCCAAACAAUCAUCAUCAGCAAUGAAAUCCCUGUCUGAUCUUGAAAAACCACGUGUUUCAAAAAAUGAGAAAGUUUACAUCACAGCUGUAGAAUCACCAGAGAGUUUUUAUUGUCAAAUAAGUGGUUCUGAAGAAAAGCUUACUUCUCUGAUGGGUAAGAUCUCUGCCAUUUACGAUUCUAUGCCUGCUGAUAAGUUGAAGAUGAGCACUAUCUCUGUGGGAGAUGUUUGUUGUGCACAGUUUUCGGAGGACAACCAGUGGUACCGUGCUGUUGUGGAGGAUGUCAAUGCUAGUGAAUUGACUGUGAGAUUCAUAGAUUAUGGCAAUUUGGAAACACUGAAUAUUGAUAGGACAAAAGUGCUAAAUGAUGACUUCUUUGGUGAUCCUCCCUUGGCAAUCAAGUGUUGUCUUCAUAACCUACAACCACCUGCUGGUCAGACCUGGGCUGAUGAAGCAGGCACAUUUCUUGAGGGGUUGGUCUCUGAGAAGGAGCUGGAUGCCCAAUUCUUGUCGUUUACUGAGCCGUUCAAGAUUCAACUGAGAGAUGGCACUACUGAUGUUCAAGAGGAACUGUUCAAAGCAGGUUUAGCUGGGAUAAAAUCCACUGUUCCGGGCACAACACCAGCUGCUGAGUACAUCAAGCCCGUUUUGAAAAGUGGUGAAACUUGUGGUGUAUGUAUCAGUCAUAUCUCUUCCCCUGGAGAGUUUUACUGCCAACUGGUCAACUUAAAAGAACAACUCGAUGGAAGUAAGUGCUAGUUAAAGUUUGGUUUCUAUAUCUUCUUCCUGAAGGCAUUUCUUGCUCAAGCUUUUUGUCGCAAAAAAUUUUGUGAAGAGAACAAAGCAGUGUGAGCAUAGUUUUUUGUAAAAACAAGAAUGAAUUUGUUCAACUGAUCGGUUAUUUUCUUACCCUGUUGUUACUUGUCCUUAUUGUUGUAGUGAUGAAUGACCUGAACAGCCAUUACAGCCAGCUCUCCGAGACAGAAAGCUCUAUCGAUUCACCAGUGGUGGGACAGUCAUGUGUAGCAUUGUAUGAAGGGAUGUGGUACAGAGCUAAUAUUCUUAGCUUCUCUGAAAAUGACUUUACAGUGCAUUAUGUGGAUUAUGGAAAUGAAGAAACUUUGGAACAUUCUGCAGUUAAACAGAUUUCACCAUUGUUUCUCAAGACAACUCAAGUUGCUGUCAAGUGCUCUUUGGAUCCUAACAGAGGACAGUGGUCGGAGAAAGCAACAGCCCUCUUUGAAGACUUAACAGGAGAGGAUGAGCUGGUUAUAAAGAUUAUUGGUCAGAAAGGUGACACAUACCAGGUCAAAGUGUUCAGUAAGGAUGAGCAUUGUGUGAGCGAAGAAGUGUACAACACCUUUUCGGGAGAAGGUAUGUUUCUGAUCGACAUCUUUUUUUUACCAUGCUUCACAUAGAAGUAAUGAAAAUCUUGAAAGCUGUUGUUGAAUUCCACAUUCCUAAGACUAAUUUCUAUUUAACCUAAUCAUCCCAGGAAAUUGUGCUGAAAAAUGCGUGUUGAAGCUAGUCGAGCAGUUUUCUGGUUACUGUGUGGCUAUAAAAUUUAAAACUUACCUAAAAGCCGUUUACUGGUAAUUUUCUUCAUGGCCUUCUGUUCCAGGUGCAAAAUAUCAGCUUUCAAAGUCUGGGCAGGUGCAGAAAGCAAAAUGUCAAGGUUUUAGGUUUAAAAGUUCAAGUCACGAGUUUUACCUUUCACUUUCCUUGUUCCCCUUUCCUUUCAGUAUUCUCCCCCCAGAAUUUUUUCUGGUUUGUUUGUUUGCCUUUGUCUAGUAGUCUUCAUUUUGGUGAGAAUAGAUUUUGGGAAACCUUUUAGGAUUGCGAGAUUGGAUGGAAGGAAGUGCAGGCUGGUAGGGGAACAACAUUUUCAUAAGAAUUUUUUGGCCAACUUAACAUGGUUUUGUCUUUUUCUCUGACCCUUGCUUAUUUUGAUAUGGUUUGAAAGAUCUCAUCCCCUGAACAAGUUAGGUAACAAAGUUGUCCUUGACUGUGAAAGCUGAUAACGUCAAAUUGCGUACAAGGAUUGUAGUUCUGUAUGGGCAGUUACGGGCAGCUCAGAGGCAAAUGGAAGUAUAUUUGAUAAAUUAUAUACUUUCCAGAGUGUUUCUCUCCUAUAUACUGUUGUAUCAGGCAUCGAAUAUGAAAAAUAUUGCUUGUACAAUGCACCAUUAUGGUAAUUAUUUUUCUGGUGUAAUAUUGCAGUGUUCCAGUAAAUUAAUUGAAGUUAAUCCACAGUUAAAUGAUGAAACAUUUUCAUUUUAUGUUACAUUUGUCCCAACGUACUAAGUGCGAAUAAAGAAGCAAACAUUGUUUGACUGAAUACUACAUGGUGUGAGCCCACAUAAAGGGUUUUGUAUAUUACAGCAAAAAAAUAAUUCUAUGUACUCUUUCUAUGAUUGCUUAUUUUUUUCCUUUUUGAGCUUACUUUGUUACCAAAGCUGGCCAAUUGAUCAAAUAUUUCUGUUUGGCCCAAAAUGCUGCGUGAAAUGGUUUGAUCUAAAUCAUACAUGGAAAGCCAUUCAAAUGCCAUGUUAACAGAUAUGGCUAAACCAUUAAAUGUUUUUCUGAGUCUGUGUUGGACUAAAAUGUUUCUUCAUUUAGCUGGUGCUUAAACAUUGGCAUUAAAAAUCUGCUUGUUUGCGACUAGCAAUUUUCAUUGGCUUGUGACUGAGGAGCAGCUUCCACUGUAGCUGUUUAUCUAACCCUUGUUAAUGUGUUAGAAUAAUGUAAUGUAAUGUAAUGUAAUGUAACGUAAUUUAACCCUUGGAAAGUUAAAAUUGAAAUAACUUGAGCUAUCCUGGGUUUCCUGUUGUGUCAUUGUUAUUUUGAGAUAUUUUGUACAGCAGCUUUGUUACUUGCUUUUGGUACAAAAAUAGUUGUCAGUGUGUGUAACUUCUUCGGAUGUUGUUCAUAAUUCACCAUUUUUUAUUCCUUGCCCUUGACUUCAGUUUUUUGUUUCUCUUCUUUUUUUAUGUCGUGCUUAAGAAAGCAAAGAAAUUUCUUAAAUACAUGUACAUGAACCAUUGCUGUGUUCUGUGUUGUUGUAUGCUGACUCCUGAAGGUCUGCUCAAGGAACAAUAAUUGUGUGAUGCUCUAAAGCUCUAACCAGUGAGAUGCAGGGUGCCCUUCAUAAUUGCUUCCUAAUUUAUUUUUUUAUGGGAAUAAAAGUCGAGAAUGGCAGCCAUUUUCUCUGUAGCACAAUAUACCUUGUUGUCACGUGAGCUGGUUUCCUCAUUUUCACAUUGCCAGCAUGUCACUCUACACAUGUUCUCCAUUGCCUUCAAACCAUGUGAAGUUACACGUGUUUUCCAUAGCUUCAAAACUGUGAGAUACACCUCACAUGCUUUCAGUUUCCCCAAGUCAUGUGAUACACUUUAUUAAAAUGCGAUUUCCAAUUGCUUUAUAAGUGAAGUGGAAUUAACCUAAGAUUUUCUUUCCACCCAAGACAUAACUGAACCACUAGGGGGCACUGGUGCUGUUGCAGCGCACCCUUGCUUGGCAUACAUUGCAUUGAUAGUUAUUACUUUCUGUAGUCAUGUUCUCUUUAGCAUUAAUUUGCAUUUGAGCGGUGUGAUAUCAUUGAGAAUGUCAUAACUUCACUCUUUGGCAAAUAAUUAAAAUCUUUUGUUUCCUGAGGCAGCAGUUUAUAGAAAGGUUAAAUAGGUUGUGAAGUUUAUGGAAUUGUUGAGGUAAUUACUUUACCAGAAAGAAACGUAAUAAAAUAAUUUAGGGUAUCAUUGAACAGUGCAGCUUAAUACUACAGAAUACUUUUGUAAGUGCUACACUUUGUUCUUAAAGGAAAGGGUGCUUGGAGUUCAAAGUCAAGAGUCAGAGACCUGUGGGAACUCAUUGUUAUAACAUGGCCUUGUCAGAAAUCUGCUGUUAAACAUUCAGUGGGACUUCACUCUAUCUGUAGUAGGGUUGUAUUUAUAGUAGGAGAAUCAGACUUGAGUUGACUGAGACUCCUUUUCUUUAUUUCCAACUCAGUUCAAGACUUGCAGCGACAAAAGCCAGUCUUCCCAGAGAUGGCUGUGCACUCAGGCCUCACAGAAGACAUAUAUGUUUCCUACGCUAAGAGUUCACAAGCAUUUUAUAUCCAGCUGUCCAAGACAUACGAUCAACUUUUACAUAUGAUGGCUGAACUUUCCAGAGUCAACUCCAGCCUCCCUGAUGAUGUGCAUCCACCAGAUCUUGAUGUUGGUACACCCAUUUGCGCUCUUUUUGCUGAGGAUGAGGAAUGGUACAGAGCAGUUAUUGAAAGCGUACCCUCAGAGUUUGAAGUCGGAGUUCACUUUGUUGAUUAUGGAAACAGUGAUGUGGUUCUUCUGUCAGAUGUCCGACCAUUGGACAAGAAGUUUUUAAAUGUUCCAGUGCAAGCAGUCCAUUGCUGCCUUGAUUCUCAAGUCGAUGCAGACACUUUUCAUCAACAAGUGCAUGGUAGGGAACUAAAGGCAACGUUUAUGUCACUUACAGAAACAAUGCAGUGGCAAGUUAGUUUAUCAGAUAAAGGUGGCAAAUUAAUUGGAGCAAAGACGAAACCAAAGGUACAACAUCCUUACAUUGAUGAAGGACCUAUGCUAGAAGACAACUCAGACACAUGUCAGAUUAGAGAGUUCGCUCAGCUGAAGAUCAAGCCAAAUGUGACAAACACUGUUUAUGUGAGCCACGUGGUGAGCCCAGACGAAUUUUAUGUUCAAUUUGAAUCUGCGCUCGACUCAUUAUCAAUCCUGAGUGAAAAGAUGAGCACUUUUUACUCUAAAAUGCAGCCAUCGGACUUCUUGUUGAAUAAUCCAUGCACUGGGAUGUCCUGCUGUGCACGCUUCAGUGAGGAUGGCAACUGGUACAGAGGGAAAAUUAGGGAAGUUGGUUCUCAUGGGGCACUUGUCCAAUUUAUUGAUUAUGGGAAUUGCGAAGUUGUACCCUUCUACAGCAUUAAGGAUACUGAAAAAGAAUUUAUGCAGUUGCCACAACAAUCCACUCUUUGUGGGCUAGAUGCAACCAAGGAUGUGUGGUCUCCUGAAGAAGUGAAUACUUUAAAGACAGUUGCUCUUGACAAGUGCUUCCAAGCCAAGUUCAUGAUCCGUGAUGGUCCCAAAUGGAGGGUGUGUCUGGAAAGCAGUGGAGUCUCUGUUCUGGACAUGUUCAUGGGAAAAGUUACUGAAGAGUCAAGUAUACAAGUGGGAACCUACGCUCCGCAAAAGCUCUCCUCAAGUCAGGUCGAAGAGGUGUUUGUAAGCUAUGUGACAGAGUCUGGUGACUUCUUUGUUCAGCUGUCCAAAACAUCACCUGAUCUACAGACCAUUGAAAUGCUGGUUAGUGAAACGUACGACCAAAUGGGGCCUACUGAAGAUGCCCUGGAAAUGUGUUUUGUGGAUUCCCCAUGUUGUGCCAAGUUUAGUCAAGAUUUCAAAUGGUACAGGGCACUGGUCACAAGGAUUUUUUCUGAGGCAGAAGUGGAAGUCGUUUUCGUUGAUUAUGGCAACACUGAUAGUCUUAAAGUGGAAGCUGUGAAGCAAAUAAAAUCUGAACUCUUGACAUUCCCAGUGCAAGCAAUCAAGUGCCGCUUGGAGGGGUCCAAAGAGGUUUGGACCGAUAGUGAUGUUCAGCAGUUUGAAGCCAGUGUUAUGGACAAGCCUUUGCAUGUAACGUUUACAAGACAACAAGGUGAUACCUGGUUUGUAACCAUACAAGAACUUGACUUGUUCAGUAGCAAAGUAACUCCAAAAGUGAAGUCUUUCUCUAAGGAGGUGUUUGAUUGUAACAAUCGAGAAGAUGCUUACUUUGUUUGUGCAGAUUCCCCGGACUGUAUUUGGCUGCAACCAGCAAGAACAGGAGAGGCGUUAAUUGCACUGAUGGAUCAGAUUGCUAAUGAUGUGACAGGCCAACAAAUGGACAAAUCUCAGUUGUUGCCAGGAGUGCCUUGUCUAGGGCAAUUUACAGAUAAUGAUGUGUGGCACCGUGCACAAAUUCUAGAUCUACAAGGCAACUCCAGUGUGACUGUUUUCUAUGUCGAUUAUGGAAAUUCUGAGACCCUCACUGUGGAUAGGCUUCAUCCAAUAAGCGACUCUCACCUAAAACUACCAGCGCAAGCAAUUCAUUGUCGCUUGGCAGAUUUAGAAGGAGUGGAUCCCACCAAGGUCACAGAAUACUUGAAUGAGGUUCUUUGCGAAAAAACUUUCAAAGUUGAAGUGCCGGAAAGGCAUGCUGAUGGCUCUUACACAGUUAAACUAUAUGAGGUUGGUUCUGAGCUGUCAGUUAAUGAGCAGGUAGUAGGAGAAUGCCUUGGGGAUACAUCUUUGAUUGAAGAGGUUACACUGGAACAGUUGACUCCACCACAUCCAUCAGCACCUGGCGAAAAGAGAUCAUUUAAGCUUCCAGAAGUCAAGAAGGGAACCAUGUUACCUGUUAGUUUUGUUUCUGCUUUCCUGCCUUCAAAAUUGCAGUUGUUGCUCUCUGAAAGAAUUGAAGAAAGAGACAAGAUAACCAAUCAUGUGACCUCCAUGUAUGAGGCACUUGGUGAGGGCGAGCUCAAGCUUGAAAAUACAGAAGUUGGAGUUCUAUGUUGCGUUCAUUUUUCUCCUGGACAAGGUGAGGCUUCGAAGUGGUACAGAGGGGAAGUAAUAAGCAUUUCUGCUGAUGACACUGCUACUGUGAAGCUAGUAGAUUAUGGAACUCAUGAAAAGAUCCCAAUUUCAGAGCUACGGUUUUUGAAGGAUGAACUCUUAGAAAUGCCAGUUUUUAUCUUGGAAAGUAGUUUAGCAGGUAUACGUCCAAGGUCUCAUGAUGGCCAGUGGUCGCCUGAGUGUUCAAGUGUUUUGGAGUCAUUCUGUCGCUCUAAGGUGCUUACUGCAAACAUUAUAGAAGUAUACAGGGACUUGGUAGAGUUGAUCUUGACUAGUGAUGAUGGCAAAGUGGUGAAUGAAAGUCUGGUUGACUUGGGAUAUGCAGAGGUAUGCAACAUCCAGGAAGAUUUCUCUCUAGAGGAGCGACAGAUCAAGUGGCCAGAAUUGCAGGUUGAACAAUGUUUAGAUGUUUUUAUGAUGGCAGUAAAAGAUUUACAAUCAAUACAACUGCAACUUGCUGACUCAGAGGCUGAGUUGACAAAAAUGAGGGAACAGUUAACGGCAGUGUACUCGUUGUUAGGUGAAGCAGAAGAGGUUAUUGGGAAUCCAAGGGUGGGACAGGUUUGUUGUGCUCAAUUUGCAGAUGACGGAGAGUGGUAUCGAGCUGUAAUAACUUGUGUUUCAGAUACUGGAGUCAAAGUUAAAUUUUUGGAUUAUGGUAACAUGGAUGUGGCUUUGUCAAUCAAGCAACUGAAGGAGGAGUUUUUUAUUUUGCCUGUUCAGUGCUUUGAAUGUAGUCUCGGUGGAAUAAUCCCAGCUCCUGAAUACAGUGACACCGAAACUGCAGCAAAAUUGCUUGAAAUGUAUGAUGGCAAGCAACUCACGGCAGAAAUCACCUUUGUCUCAGGAGAUUCUGUGAUGGUUAAUUUAUUCCAUGAUUCAGGAGAAACAAAACAGUCUGUUGCAGACACUCUUGUUAACCUGAGAUAUGCAGUGCCCCAGCUUAAAUCUAGGGAUGACGCGAAACGGGUUUCAGUGAGUGAUGAGGGCAAAAUAGUGUACAAUUAUCCAAAUUAUGGAGAAGUUCAUACUGUGUGCUUGAUAUCAGUGACUUCACCGAGUGACUUUUGGUGCCAGCUAGAAAAUUUUAAGACUGAGCUUAAGUCCAUGUCAGAAAGGAUUGAACUGUUUUAUUAUGCUCUGGGUGAAAAUGACUUGAGGCUUCACUACCUUCAAGAUGGAGAUGUCUGCUGUGCAAAAUUUGCUGAGGAUGAUAAGUGGUAUAGGUCGCUUGUUGAUAAAGUGUGUUCCGAUGGCCAGGUCAGUGUGCGCUCAGUUGAUUACUCUAAGCAAGAGACUCUUACUCUCGACAGGAUCAAAAAACUUGAAGCAGCGUUUGCUGUACUUCCUGUUCAGGCUGUUAACUGCAGUCUUAGCAGUAUUGAACCCCCUCACAAAUAUUAUGGAGAGGAGUGGAGCAGUGAAGCUGUGGAACGUUUUAAAGAACUUGGCAAAGGAAAAGAACUUAAGAUCAAAGUCAAAGGUCAAGAAGGUAAUAUCGUCUUGGUGGAGCUACUGAAUUCUACAGGUCUGUCUGUCGCUGACCAGCUGGUAUCUGAGCAGCUGGCUGUAGAGAGGAAGUUACCUUUGACCGUGUCCCCUUUGAAAGGCACAGAAAAACAAUUGAAAUCUUUGUCAAUAAGUCAAGUAGAGAAAGCCUUGGAGCAGAGUUCAGAAGAGGAUGUCUUCCUGGAAGCUGAGUCCGGCAUUGAAGGAGUACUGGAGUUAUCAGAGGGGAAAGAAAGCAAUGAAGAAGAAGAGGAAGAAUUUCACGAUAGCUCUGAUCAGUUUACCAGUGAAGAGAAAAGUAAAAGUUCAGCUGCCCUUGAGAAUAAAGAAGGAGUCCUGCAGACAGCUGAGAGCUCUGUAGAAGAUAAAUAUGCUACCCCUCUGGAAGAGGCAGAGGUGCAAGGUAGUGAUAAUCUGCAAAGUAGUGAUGAGCAGCCAGGUGAGUCUUCGGGAGAGGUUAUUGAAGAGAAGCCAGCUGUAACAGCAGAUGAAGAGCAAGAAAGCAGUGCCAGAAAAGAAGCAAAGAGUGAGGCAGAAAUUGUUCUUGGAGAACAAAAAGAAGCAGAAACGGAGGCUCAAAGCAGCGAGGAGAUUAAAGUUUUGGAGCAGGUGGAUUCUAUGGCAAAUGAAGAUGCGCAAAAUGUAAUACCGUUUGGAUCCGCGAAAGCAGAUGACAAGGGUGAAAAAGAACUCAAUGUACAUAAGGCGAAUGAAACUGCUGCUUCUCAGAAUGAGGAAGAAGUUGUAAACACAAGGGAUGUGGAUUUGUCUGAGACAACUCAAGUUGAGGAGAUAGAAACAAACAGUGAGCAGGAACAUGUAACUUGCGCGGUCUCUGUAGAUCAGAGCGAGGAAGAUGUUGGCAAAACAAGUAAUGUGGAUACCUGUGAAACCACCAUAGCUGAGCCACAAGAAACAAAGACUGAGCAAGAACAUGUGACUAGUGCUGUCUCUGAAAAGCAGAUUGUGGAAGAGGUUGGUGAAACAAGUAAUAUGGAUAUUUGUGAAAGAUCUGUAGCUGAGCAUGAAGAAACAAAGACUGAGCAAGAACAUGUGACUGGUUCUGCCUCUGAAGAGAAAGAGGUUGGUGAAACAAGUAAUAUGGAUAUUUAUGAAAGCUCUGUAGCUGAGCAUGAAGAAACAAAGACUGAGCACGAACAUGUGACUAGUUCUGCCUCUGAAAAGCAGAGUGAGGAAGAGGUUGGUGAAAAAAGUAAUAUGGAUAUUUGUGAAAGCUCUGUAGCUGAGCAUGAAGAAACAAAGACUGAGCAAGAACAUGUAACUAGUUUUGCCUCUGAAAAGCAGAGUGAGGAGGAGGUUGGUAAAUCAAGUAAUGUGGAUGUUUGUGAAAGCUCUAUAGGUGAGCAGGUAAGAACCAGCAUUCAGCAAGAAGAGAUAUCUGCUGCUGCCCCUGAAGAGCAGAGCAAGGAAGAGGUUGGUAGAGCGAGUAAUAAGGAUAUCUGUAAAACUACCAUAGCUGAGCAGGAACAUGUAACUUGUGAGGCCUCUGAAGAGCAGAGCGAGGAAGAGGUUUGUAAUUCAAGUAGUAUAUAUACCUGUGAGACCACUGAAGUUGGGGGCUCAGAAACCAAGAUUGAACAGGAGCUUGUAUCUGCUGCUGCUUCUGAUGAACAGGAUGAGAAGGAAUAUCAAGGAGAGGGAGAAACGGACAGUCCUGAGACUGCACUUGGGCAGGUCAAAGCAGAGGCUGAGGGUCCUGUUAGUUUGGAAGAGAAGGGUGAUGGAUUGGGGACAGUACUUGACGGCUCUUUAGUUGCUAAGGAGAAGGAAGACGAACUGAUGGUCGAAGGUUCUGUAAAUAAUAACGAUUCUUCGGUAUCUGAAGACAUAGUUGAUGGAGAAGGCAAUGCAACAUGCAGUAUGGGCGGCCCAAAUAAUAGUGUGACAGAAGAACAAGAAGGCCCCAUGGCAGACGAACACUCGUCUGCUGACAAAAUUGAACAGAAGGAAGAUUGUGAGAAGUUUGCUGAAGAUCAGGAGGGUGUAACUGAAGCGUUCUCGGAAGAAGACUUGACAGGUAGAGUGUAUGCCUGAGACUGGGAUCGAAUGUUAUUGUUAAAAACAAGCCACUUUUGAGGAAGUAAUACGCAUCCACCCAUAUUACAUGGUGCUUCUCAGAUGUGAGUGUUGUUACUGAUUGGUUAUGAUUAAUUUUUUAAAAGCAUUAAUUCUGACCAGUCAAUGCACCACCCAAAUCUGAAUUGUGCUGUCUGGAGUUGACUAACUGUUUGUUUUGGUUUGUUUGUUUGUUUGUUUGUUUUUCUAAAAAACAGUGCAAGUUUGCUUUAGACAUCAACAAUACAGCAGCUUGUCAGCAAAAGCUAACUUGCUAGAUAGUGUUACUGUUAAAUAUAAUUUAGUAGAGUUUGCAACCAAUAGCACCUAAAAUAAACUUACAUGGUCAGCAGAGUCAGGUUAUGGACAUGCAUCAGAACUCUGUUUUUGUUGUGCCCUGCAUUCUUCAGACCUUGAGGUAUGCUGGCAUUGCAGCCUAGUCUAAUGUGGAUUUCAAUCCAUAUGCAGUGCAAAAGUGGUCGCUACUAGUUUUCUUCCAUGACAAGAGUCUUCUGUAUGUGUUAGCGAUUCAAAAUCUACGUAUGAAUUACUUUGGGGAAAACGUGACUGGACUGCUAAAAAAACCUGCUAUUAACAUCGUGUUUUUUUCUCCUUUUUUAACCCUGUGUUAAUGUUCAACUCCUCAUCUCGUAAGAUUUUAUGUACUAACAAUUUCCUUUUCAGUAACACCACCGGAAUUUUAUGGAAGAAUUUUGGUAUCCUCUUUCAUGGGUUGUGCUCUCCAUUACUUCCACUGUGAAGGAGAUACUUGUAUUCAUGUCCAUAACUUUUUCAUAGUGAUAUAUCCAAAUAGUUUAGGUAACCUUACAAUCCGCAGGUUGGCGAAAAACUGAGGCAGUUAAGUUUCAUAGGUAGUAUGAGGGUAAAAAUAAAGAUGAUUGUAAUAAAUUCCCAAGGCGCUGAAGAGCUGAAGCAAUGGUCGAACUUUGUACUCACAAGUUAAUCUUCAAAGAUAGAGAAAAAUUUUUAGGUGCAUUUUAAUUUUUAGUACAUGAAUAAGUUUUCUAUCCCAACAUUUUAAAAGUAAAUAGAUCAUGUAAUUUUAGUUGUUGCCUUGUAGCCAAGGCAACAGCCUGCCAGGAGGGGCUAUUUUGUUUUGUAUAGAGGAAAUGGUUUUGCUUGUUUGUUAUCUAAGGGCAUCUAGGAACGUUAUCACUGACAUUAUCAUUAUUAUUGUUAUUAGUACAUUUCUCUUAAGUGGUCUUUUGGUGGACAAAGACUAUUCAUUUAUUCUGAUAUUAAAAUUUAUUGCUUGAGGCUGAUCAUGGUAUUACGGUCUAAUUAAGCAGAUCAAUCUGACCAAUAAUGAAAAACAUAGUGGUUUAUUAACUUAAAUUUCACAAAAAGUCAGGUCGUUACUUGUUUUGAAAUGUCAUCUGUCGGAUUAAGCUAAUCAACAAUUAGACAUAUUUUAUUUCGUUAAUAAUGGGUUAUGUCAUGCCAGGUGUUAUCAAACAGUUACUGUUAACAGAGGUGGCUAUUUCAUGAGGAGGGAGAAAAGAAAAUACAUGGGGUCUACCCUGAUAUAAAGACAGUCAUUUAAUUGCUGUAUCGUUUGCCUCACUGGCUGCCUUGUUUAGAAUUCAAAUGUUAAAAUUUUAAUGGUGAAAACUAUGAAGACCUCUAGUUUGAUUAGUUACUCACUGUUAUUACCUUUUUUUUUCAAACAGCUAUCACAGGCAGCGCUGAAGAUGGAACAGAAGCAACUGAGGAGAACAAAAGUGACGAAGAGCGGGUAAGUUCGGCCAGUCCUGCGUACAUUCCACCUUCCAGCCCUGCAGUAUUUAUACAACCAGGCGGCGAGGUGCAGUUUACAAAGGAUCAGUCUCCCGGAAAGGAAACUCAGGACAGCUGAUGUAGAAUAGGAAGUAGAGUGACGUAUGCUACAGCUUUAACCUCUUCAUUUCCAUAAGUUGCUAAAGUGAAAAUUCGACUAACCUUUUAAACUUUAUUUUGUUGAAUGCCAAAAAAGAACAAAUAGUAUCAUGUAAAAAGGCUACUAAAGAAAAUUUGAAUAUCAUUCAAACCGCCAUUUUAUUUUACUGUGGGUGGGAACAGGUUAAACGUUUUGUGAAGAAUGAUUAGGCAAGGAAGAUGUGAAUAUCUUUUUAGAUUUGCCGUAGAUCCCAAAACGUUAACCAAAAUAGUUUCCAUGAAAAAAAUUGGUCUAAAACAAGAGAGAUAAAAGUGAUUGCAUAAAAUGUAACAAGUAGAGUAGUGGAGAAAAAUUUAUUUGUAACAGACAGACAGUAAAUCAGGCAGGAUUGAGAGUAUAAACAUCCUUUGUCAAGUUUCACUCAGAAAUAUAUUUUUUCAAUACCAAAAAGCUGAGUGAAUGUCAGGUGAAAUAAAAAAUAGGAAAAUCGCACUUAAUUUAAUUUUCAGGUUUUGACCAGAAGAUGCAGAUUAUCUGCUUUGGUCAAGUUUUUCAUGUUCUACCAUGAAGAACAUGUUUUCUGGGCUUAAAAGUUGACCUAUGUCUCAAUUAUCGAUAUAGGCAACUGUUGUAUAGUUUGGGGGACAAUGAGUCAAAAGAAGAAUGCGGCAGAGCACACGAAGUCUACCAACUUUAAAGCCUAUCCAUUCCAUCAAUGAAAUCAAAAUUAUGUACCUGAUAGGUUGGCAUCUGUGUGUGUCCCAUUUUGUCAUUUUGGAGUGAUCCGUAUCAGCGUAAAGACAGUUACUCCGUUUUAUUUCAUUAUAGAGUGCAAUCAUUACCCUGCUCUCCCAGCGUGGAAGCAGGAGAGGGAAAGUUGAAAAAGUUGAAAUCUGACUCUCAUUCAGGGAGGGUGUUAAUUGUACAGUUAUCUACAUCAGAUUGUCUGGUGAUAUAGUAAUAACACUGGAUACUCUAAAUGAAUAGCUAUCUCUAGUUUCCAAUACAUUUGAAGCAAUUGUAUUUCAAAAUUGAACAGAGAAACGGUAUUUUGUCUGAGAAAAAUCACUCUGUUGGGCAAAUCAUUUCGAUUUGAUGGAUUGGAAUGGAUAAGCCAUGAAACGAUUGGGCUCCCUCGAUCAAAGUAUCAGGGAGCUUAAAAUAAUCUUAUAAUUAACUUUUACUUGCUUCUGAACGGUAAUGCACAGGGACGUGAGGAUUUUAAAACACUGAGUGACAUUAAAAGCUUAAUAUUUCAGGAUCAAAUUAAGAGUGAUUCAUUGAAAUUUAGUUUGACGUGUAAUAUUUUAAGUGAGUGUUUAGAUAGUCGUAAUGCUCUUAAAGUUUGAACUUGGAGAACAGAAUUUCAAAAUGAAUGUGUUUACAGUUCUCUUAACUGUUGGGAAAGGUGUUCUGUUUCACAAGGUUCGAAGUGACCUUUCAUUCAAAAAGUAUAAUUGAUUAGAACAAAUAAAAGUAGUGCAAUUUGACAUAAGAAUACUAAUAGUUUCCUAGUGAUUAAUCAUGUACACUACAGUAUGCUGUGGCUAAUGGCUUUUCAUGUUAUUUGAACAUUUGCUUUUUCUAAUUUGCCAUGCUUAGCUGUAAUCGUUGACGAUAGAAUAAAACAAUAAAAGGUAAAAUUAAUGUACAACUAAUUUUUGUUGGUUGGUUUUUGGUUGUAUCCUAAAGUUAACUCCUGCUAGUCUUAAUGUGGUUGCGUUAUACUAAUUCCGAGUAAGAUCUUUUGUUCGAGGCCUCGCUGCGGCACGGAGAGCCUUUUCCUUACUUGACUGUCCUAUGCAAGUACAUUUGGAAUUUGAAGUAAUUUGUAUGGUCAAGUAAUGGCUGAGAAAGACAAAUGUCGCUGAUCAUUGCCCAUUCAUUUUAAAGAACUUUAUACUUAUGCUUUAAAUUCACAAUAAAAAAUAUCUUGAAACAUAGAGGCGUGCACCACCGGUAUCCUGCAAAUCCUUAUAGUGAAGGGUUGUGUAUUGUUUGCAGAGGUUCGAAGUUUUCAGUACAGUAUUCUUUAUAAAAUUAUGAUAUAAUAUUGACAUAACUACUGACAACUUAUGAAAAUUAAAUAUUUGUCUUGACCUUACAGCAGCGUGGGUCUCUUUGACCUUGCUCAUAGUUUUCUAAAAUUAACCCAAACCUUUUUCUCUUGGGCUGCAGCUAUGUAUCAAAAUAAUACCUUGACGAAACUUACAGUCGUAUCAGAAAAGCCAUUUUGAUUUGGGGUCUACUCUUCACAAAAGGAAGCGUGGUUAACUGCAGUGUGUUCCCUUUCUUCACUUUGUUGAUAACCCUGCCAAUAAUUCACUUCCAUCCUUGAAAUCAUACACUCUAUCCUCAAACUGCCCUGAUGAAUUGUACUUAACUUCUAUCAUUUUAAUCUUGCUAUUUGUUUCCGCAAACCACUCUGAUGAAUUGUAAUGUAAUCCCAACCUUGCAGUCCUGCAACCAGUCACUUGUCCAUCCAAGUUACUGCAGACUUGCCCUUAUCCCCAAACUACUACUUUGAUUUCCUAUCGUGCUUUCCCUUUCUUGCAGUCAUGUGAAGUACUAAAAUGACCUUAAUAAACUCUACCACAGUCCCAUCCUUUAAGUCAUGCAAUUUAAGCAAAGCUACCUUCAUGAAAUGUAAGGCAGUCCUGUCCUCACAAUCUUACUAUUUUCCCUCAAACAACCUGGUAAAAUGUCUUUGGUCCCAUGUUAAACUUUGUCUUGCAUCUUUUCACCCUAUAUAUGCAGUCCUAGCCUAACCUGACUCCUGUUCUUUAUGACCAACUGUGAUUAACUAAAAGGCUGUCCUUCUUACAAUCCUACAAUUUCUUAUCAAACCACUUUGAUGAACUGUGAGUAGUGAAGUCUGAUUCUUCUAAUCUUGUUAACAAUCGUUUGAAUAACUGUAAUACAGUUCCACUCUUGUAAUCAAGUACUUAUUCACUGAACUAAAAUGAAUUGUAGUGCACUGACAUCUUGCAAUCCUAUAAUUUCUCAUCCAACUACUUUGAUCAACUGUAAUUCAACCCUUUAUGACCAAAUUACUUUGAACAACUAUUAGUCCCAUUCUUGCGAUUAAGUACUUAUUCACCAAACUACUUGAGUGAAUUGUAGUGCACCGAUAUCUUGCAAUCCCGCAAUUUCUCACUUAAAUACUUUGAUGAACUAUCAUGCCAUUCCAUUCUUGCAAUCCUGCAAUUUCUCAUCGGACUUCUUUGAUGAACUAGAAAUGCUGGCGGAUUCUCUUAAUCCUGUAAUUUAUCAUCAGACUUCUUGGAUGUACUGUCAUGUCACCCCAUUCCUGCCAUCCUGCAAUGUCUCAUUGAACAAAUUUAAUGAACUGUAAUCCUAUCCAGUUCUUCUAGUCCUGUAAUUUAUCACCAAACUACGUCAAGGAACUGUUAUGCAAUCACAUUCUUACAAUCCUGCAAUUUCCCACCAUAUUAUGCAGUCCUCUUUCAAUCCUGCAAUCUCUCAUUCAACCUCUGAUGAACUUAAUUUGGUGCAGUCGCAUCCUUGCAAAACUGCAAUUUCUCACUAUUUCUACUUUGAUAAAGUGUAAUGCCAUCCCAUUCUUGUAAUCCUGUAAUUUUCAUAUUCAACUACUUUGAUGAACUGUUGAUAAGUCUGAUUCUUUCAAUCCUGUAAUUUAUCAACUACUUUGAUCAACUGUAAUGCAGUCCCAUCUAAUGCAAUCAAGUACUUAAUAUUCACCAAACUACUGAAAUGAGUUUUAGUGCACUGACACCCUCACAAUCCUGCAAUUUCUCACUAGGCUACUUUCAUUAACUGUCAUGCCAUCCCAUUCUUGCAAUCCUGCAAUUUCUCAUCAUCUGUUUUGAUGAACUGUGAUGCAGUCCAAUUCUUUCAAUCUUCUCUCGGCAGCUUUUUUGGAUGGACCGUUAUGCAGUCCCAUCUUGCGGCUUGCACUUAUUUAUCAAACUACUGUUAAUGAGUGAACUGUAGUACAGUCACAUCCUAGCAAUCCUGCUAUUUCUAACUGAACAUUUUUUGAUAUACUGUAUUGCCAUCCAAUUCUUUCAAUCCUGUAAUUCAUUACCAAACUAUUUUGAUGAACUGUCAAUCAGUCAAUCGUGCAAUUUCUCACUAAUUUCUACCUUGAUAAACUGUAAUGCAGUCAUAUUCUUUCAAUCUUGCAAUUUCUCACUAAACCUCUGAUGAACUGUGGGGCAGUCACAUCCUUGCAACCCUACAAUGUCUCACCAAACUACUUUGAUGAACUGUAAUAUGGAGCCCUGAUCUUGCAAUCCUGCAAUUUCUCACUAAAUUACUCAACUGUUAUGCUGGCACAUUCGUGCAACCCUGCAAUUUCCCACCAAACUACUUUUACACUUUUGUUAUUUGUCACUUGCAUAUUUUGAGGGACUGUUAUGAAUUCCUACAGUUUCUCACCACCAUACUUUGUUAAAUGGUAAUGCAGUGCCAUCCUUUCAAAAAUUUUGCACUUUUUCCCCAAAAUGUUAUGCAGUCUCCACUUUGUAGUUCUUUAAUAUCACUCCAAACUACUUUCAAUUUAUUGAUGAAUUAUGAUUAACUUUUGAUCACAACACAACCUAAAGGACCAUGUUUUUUUUGGAACUUGUUCAUAGAAGAAAGUCCAGACCCAUUUUAGCAGGCAUUAACAUAAAAAUAAACCAUUUUGAUACAGGCAGUUAAUGUAGUGAUGCCAAAUAUGAAGCUCGGAUUUUCAAAACCCCAAUAAAUUUUUUUACCUUUCUACUGAAAAAACUGCACCACACUCCAAAACAAACAAUAUGUGACUACAUACUGACAAUAGCCUUCACGAACAUUGAUAUAUGUUGAAUUACGCUUAAAAAUUCAGAUGAGUUAAGAUGGUUCAAACAUUGCAUUUCACCUGGGCCAAAUUUAAUUGCUAUAGUGAUGGAGGAAAAUCUUUUGACUGUUUUUCCCCAAAAUGCAAUGUUUGAACCCAGCUUAAGGGAAAGUGUUCGAUGACAAAAAAGAAAAGAAGAAACAAGUACAUUUAAUGGCAUUUAAUGAUUUUAUUUUUCAUCUUUUCAAACAACAGUUCAAAGUAAAUUUCUCUCUCUUUCUUCUCAAGUAGAUAGAAAAUAAUUAUUUAAAAAAAUGUGCAUGAAGAGUUCUAUUUUGGUAACUUGGACAAAUAUAUUCUUUCUGCAGCCACAACAACCAAACCUGCAAGAGACCAACAAACAAACUUCAGUCAAGGAAGAAACUGCUAGGGUCUUCCUUGAUGAAAUCUUGAGUGAAGUUUGUGGGGAUGAUGAUAAGCCACAAAGGGAACAGUUAGGAAAAGAAGAAGGUAGGGUUACUUUUUUCAAAGAACAUUUGAAAAAUGUUUGGGUGCUUUAGUGGAGGAAAUGUCACAACUUCCAUAUUUUAUUUUGUUGUACUGCACUAUCAAUAAUUAUUACUUCCUGUGCUGUUAGAUCAUUGGCUUGACUUGUGCAGUUUUCAAAUUUUGUCACUCUUAUAGCUAUAGAGGUAACUGUUGAGGCCAUUCCGACAAUCACAAUAGUAUUGUGAUAGUAAUGUGAUUGCAGCGGUGAGUUAAGUGCUGUAGCUGUUCUGCCAGUUGUCAGAAGAAAUCAUCAAUGAAGGAGGAAUAUAACAAGCUGCCAUCUUGAGCUCAGACAAGAGCAAUGUGUAUUAAUAAUUACAACUGGGGCCUGUUUAGUUCCAUCACAAAUACUAGUGGUGGGAGGGUGGGGGUGAUUGGGGGAUAAAGGAACAAAUGACUGUUAUUCCCCUCCCUACUCCUCAGCUUUCCCCCACUUUUUUCACCCAUUCCCCUUACAGCUUUAUAGUAACUGGAACUGGCCAGCUGUCAUCAAGACAACCCUGUUCAAUGAGAAACUAAAAACUUAAUUGCUUAUUUUAUAGGAAUAUUAUUUGUAACUACCUGUAUCUGAAGCACCGGAAAGGUCAAACAACUUUCUAGUUUUGAUCUAGAACAUUAUUUCUUCAUAGGUGCACGAAACACCACCACCACUGCAAAUGAAGAAAAACCAGCUGCUAAAUUGGGGUCUGAAGCUGAACUGUGUGUUGAUGUUGAUGACAGUGUGUUGUCUGACGAGGCCUUGGAGAAACUGGAUAAAGAGCUUGAAAAAGCAGAAGGAAACAAACCUGAAGUCAGCUGCUCUGGUGCUGCUAUAACUGUGAAUGGUAUCAUGAAUCAUGAAUAACAAGGAAUGCCAUCAAGUGA